GGGUGACGGCUGCGUGCUGAUAUCUUGCACCGCUGUGGUGGUUUCCACGGCAGAGCUGGAGGGCCGAGAGACGGGACGUGAGCCCGUGCGCGACUGGGAAUUCGGAGAUUGUGAAUUCUAAUCCUGACUCGGCUGAAGUGCUUUUCCAUCUGCAAAAUGACUCAAACCCGCCCGCUUCGGAGCGGGAUGAAAAGAUUAUUGAAUGCGUGUGAAGUGCUUUGAAAGCGCGCGGCGUAAGUGGGAGGGAAGAACUGCCUUCGGUCCUAAAAGCGUCUCUUCAAGGGCUGGAGAGGAGGAAAGUAGGUCUCUCUUUAAAGUCUGGGUCUUGAGUGUGCUGAAAGACAUAAAAGAAGCAUAAAACAUCUCUUCACAAAUAUCUUAGGGAAACCAGCCCUCUGGUUGCUGGUCUCGACAGCCGCCGUCAGGAGAUGCUGGAGAGGUGGAUGUUCCUUGAAGCCUGAGCAGAAAGUCGUGUCCGGGUCUGGAGGCCUCGGCUCCUCUUUGUCUGCUGGUUUUAGUGUGGGGUGGGCAGAACAAGCCUGUCAGCGCCUGCCUUGAAAUGCUCCGUCCUGGAGCGGUUUUCGGCACUUCUCCGGCGUGGUCCAAAGCUCGCGGAGCAGUUUCCUCAGUGUGCAGCUUUUCUGUUUGGACAGACAGGGCUUUAGAGAUUAGAUCUAGGUUGUAUCUUUGAAAGUAAGCGGCUGUAACGCUGUUUGGCUCCUGGUUGCCCAGCUCAGGUGCAGAUAAACCCUCGGGUUUAUCUCCCCAGCUUCACCUCAGCUGGUGCUGUUGCUGAUGCAGGAAACCACCUCUCCCUUCUGCAAAUCUUCAACCAAAAAGCAACCGCAUGGGAUGGCUGUGGCUUGUAUAUAAAGCGCUGUGCAAAGUGAUAUUUGGUAAAACGUAAAGCGGUUCUUUAAAUGUUCAAACCCAACUUGAAUCAUCGUCAGCCCGUGUGUCGCCGUUAAAUCGAGGCUGAUGUCCUCGCCGGUCGGGUUCCUCCUUCAGCACGUUGCGCGUUAAACUCAGCCCUGUCUUGCGGGAGCAGCAUCUUCACCGUUUGGGAUCUGCCGUGUAGGAUGGCGUUGCAGUGCAGGUUCACGCCAUGCGUAGGAGGGAUGGAAAAACGUCUCUAACAGCUGCGUUUUCCUUUCCUGUAGCUUCUUGUAGGAAAGAGCUUUCAUUACUGUAUUUGCUACAGGCAAAUGGAAUGAGCAGAAGUGGAAACUUAUGAACUGCCUUCAGUAUUUCUUCACCGAGAGAGGAAGUCGGGCGGUUCGGUGUCAGGAGCUCUGGUCCCUCAAGUGCACGUGGGGGACGUUGCUGAGGUUGCUCUUUUUUUCCACGUUUGUGUUUAGGGCAGUAAUUACCAAAAUCUCGCCUGUGGAUUUUUUUUUAACUGGGUUUUGAAAUGAAGAAUAGAAAAGCCGCUUGGCGGUGAGGUCAGGACGCGUCUCUCAUGUAGACCGGCGUGGGGGAUUUGUGGUUCAGCCGAGCUGGCCGUUAGGCGGGUUCCUGUGGGCGGGCGGCAGCUCUCGGUGUCUGUGCCGGGACGUCAGCGUGGGCUGCCCCGACGCUUCCCGCUUCUGGUCUGCGAGUGACGGGGCAAGAGCAAACAGCCUCAGGUUGCGCCAGGGGAGGUUCAGGUUGGAUAGUAGGAGCAAUUUCUUCUCGGGAAGGAAGGGCUGUUGGGCAUUGGAGAUGAGGUUCUCAGGACAUGGGCAGUGCCAGGGCUGGGCUUUGGUUGGACUCGAUGAGCUUGAGCGGCUUUUCCAGCCCGAGUGGCUCUGUGGUUUGCUGCGGGCAGACAGCCCUGAGCCCGCGUGUGGCUCUUCCCCGCUCCGGUUUCAGACGUGGAAAGCAGGAGGUGGGAGCCAGUCUGCCAAGCCAGGAGGGUUUGCAAGGCUAAGGGUGCAGCAGCUGCCCUGUGCUGGCGUGCGAGCUCCUCUCCCCUGCCGGAGCCCUUUAAUGAAUUUCUGACGUGAUGUUUAGGCGCUCCUCUGGUUUUUCCCCUCCAGCUGAACAGCGCAGUGCUGCGUUCGCGCUGGGGGAGCGUGCGGCACGCUUCCCCAGUCCUGGCUUCCCCGCCGCGGGCCCCCGGCCGGGUGGGGCGGUUGGAGGCGCCGGGGCGGCGAUGGGCUCACGGAGCCCGGCGAGGGCUGCAGAGCUGGGGGCCGGGCUGCAGCGGAACCCCUUGGCGCAGCCCCGGGAUUGCCGCUGGGGCAGCCACCGAGCUUGCCGAGCUCUCUUGGCUCAAAUUAAAAAGCAACUUUUACUCUUGGAGUGGGGAAGGUGCGAUGUCAAAAAGCUCCCCAAGAUGAUUGUAAUAGCUCUAGGAAGGAAUGAAACAGUCAAAAAGCCCCUGCAAGCACUUGAGUAAAACCCAGGGAGUAAAUGAGGGUGAAGGCGGGACUUUGGGUUGGUUAAGUCCUGCCCUAAUUAUCUGUGCAGCCCAGAAAGUGCUGUGUCAGCACACGGUCAGCGUGUGCCAUGAGCCUGUGCCGGAGCCUCUUCGCUCUACCAAGCAAAUAUCCAAAGCCUCAAGUAGAGCAUGAACAAAUAUCUGCAAUAUUUAUUAACCGCGGGGAGCUCAGAGCGGGGCUAUGAUCCCUACAAUCCGGAGCUGCCGCGGCCCUCGCCGGAGGAUGACGCCCUGUCUGACGUUACAGAUGUGGCCCCCGGUAUUCUGGAGCUGGAGCUGGUCAACAAGGCCAUCGAGGCCGUUAAAAACGAGGUGGAGAGAGAGCAGAAGAAGUAUGAGGAGCUGCUAGAAACCACAAAGGAGUUUAGCGCUGCAGAGGCCUCCUCGCUCAUUUCAGCUGCGCCCGCGUCGGCUGCCGGGACACAAAAUGAUUCAUUUACCUCCUUAGAAUACAAUCCCGGUAGCUAUAACUUCAAUAACAACUCGGACUACAACCCCACGCCUCUCGCCGCUGCCAGCCGCUCAAGUAAAUACACUUUGGAUAGUUCCCGAUCUAAAGGCAGCUCACUGGAGUACGUUCCCAAGGCUGUAGCGCAGAAUAAAAAAUACAGUAGCACUGUCACUAACAAUAAAUACGUGAUUGACGACUCGAAGCCUUCUACAGACUUGGAAUAUGACCCACUGUCGAAUUACUCAGCCAGGCUGUUGAGCAAAGCCGCGACAAAGGAGCCAAAGGUGUCUAAAAGGGGCAGGGUGUCCAGUUACGAGGAGUCCUACUCUCCGUCGCGGAAGAAGCUCUGUGAAGAACCCGAUGACUAUGACGUGUGCGCCAGGUUCUCCUCCUCCGAAGACGAGGCCGAUGCAGAAUACAAGCCAGCUUCUGUUAGUUCACAAUCCAGAGCUGGUUCUGAAAGCGAAUCGAAUGAUGGGUUAUCCAGCAACGAGCGGAGCACCAGGAUGGAUGAUUUUGCUUCCCAGGAUAGCAAAGGAGCGGCGCCGUAUGGCACGGGGGACCUUCCGAGCCCACACAAGAGUCUUGCCAAAGGCUUGUCGGACAAGAAUAUAAAAGGAGCAAAACUGUGUUCUGGUAAGAACGACCAGGAAACGGAAAAUAAAAACAAAGACGACAAAAGCAAAAGGAAGAAAUCAGAUGUUAGUAAAACACCCGGCCUCGGUGACGCUGGUAAGAAGGAGAAGAGUAAAAAUACAGAAAAAGACAAAGUGCUUAAGAAAGAAGAGAAAAUAAAGAACAAGAAUGAAGAUAAAAGCUGUAAGGACAGAAGUGGCAAAGUGAAAACCGACGGCAGUGUAAAGAAACCUGAGAAACUAAAGUCAGAAAAGGCGGAUGGGCUUAAGAAAGACAAAUGCAAGUCCAGCAGCAGUAGUUCAGGGAAGGGCAGGAGCGAGGCCGCCAGCCGGGGCUCCGGCUCGGGGAGGCCGGGGAGCAGCAGGAACGACUCCAACGCGAAGGCAGCUGACUUGAAAAAUGGGAAAGAGAGCUCUGGCCACAAACACAGAGAGAAAGGGACCAAGACUCCAGCACUGGAGGGAAAGAAGGAGAAGGUCAGUUCUGCAGACAAAGGCGAUUCAAAGAAGGGUCGGAAGCAGCCGAGUUUGAGUCACGUUGACCUGUUUGGUGAUGAGAGUGGGGACGAUGAUGACAAAGUCCGGCCUUUGCCGUCCACCUUGCCUGACGUGAGCUCGGACUCGGAUGGUGACAGUUCUGGUUCGGGCUCUGAGAGCGAAAAUGAAGGGACAAAGAAAGCGAAACGCUCUAAGUUGUCAAAGUCAUCGGCGUCUUUCUCAACAGCCGAUGACAUUGAUUAUUCGCUCCUGGAGAAGGAGUUGGACUUGGAGUCAGAUCCCAUGGAAGAGUGUCUCCGGAUUUUUAAUGAAUCUACAGAUGUGAAAACUGAAGACAAGGGAAGGCUGGGGAAACAGCAAUCCAGAGAAGAAGGAAAAGAAGACAAGACAGAAGAUAAUUUAACUACCUUGUUUCCGGGCCAAAAAAGAAGGAUUUCUCAUCUUGUCAAACAAGGAAAUGCGGAGGUCCCGAGCAAGCCCGCGGCGCGGCCGGCGCGGCCCCCCACGGCGCAGGAGGUGUGUUACCAGCGCAUCCGGCUGGCGCAGCAGCAGGCGGCACAGCUGGCCGUGGCCGUUCAAAAGGCCUCUCUUUCUUUGCCAGGAGAAAAGAAGAGGAUUGCUCACGUGCCAAACGUUGCCCUUUCCGCGGCAGCCAAGCAAAGCCUCACGAGCACCAAGACGACGGUUGCUGGCAGGAGCGUCACGCCCGCCAAUGACUCGGAAGCAGCCGCCCUCUCUCUGAAGACUUGCACCUUAGCUGGGAUGGCUUCGAAAACCACCAGCACCAUCGUGCCCAAAAGGAUAGCGCACAGCCCCUCCUUGCAGAGCACCAGCUUACAGAGGCCUGUUAUUCCCACAGAGUUUGGUGCUAAAGUCCCAACAAACAUUCGUCAGAGAUAUCUCAAUCUCUUCAUCGACGAGUGCCUGAAAUUCUGCUCCUCGUCCCAGGAAGCGUUCGACAAGGCUCUGUCAGAAGAGAAGGUGGCUUACGAACGCAGCACCAGUCGCAACAUCUACCUGAACGUGGCAGUGAACACCUUGAAGAAGCUCCGAAGCCUGGUGCCCAAUUCCCCGUCCAGUGCGAACAAGACGAGUAACAAGAAAGUGGUGUCCCAUGAAGCUGUGCUGGGGGGGAAGCUCGCUGCCAAGACAAGCUUUACUCUGAACCGCUCGGGGGGCUUGAGAGCCGAGGAUUUAACAGCGCUGUCUGUGUGUGCAGGAGCUGCCUUGUACCGGCGCCUCAAGGAGUAUCUCAUGACCGAGGAGCAGCUGAAGGAGAACGGUUACCCCAUGCCGCACCCGGAGAGGCCCGGCCGCGCCGUCCUCUUCACUGCGGAGGAGAAGAAAACGAUCGACUCCUCCUGCAGGGUUUGCUGUCGCUGUGGCACCGAGUACAUGGUCUCGGCCUCUGGAAGCUGCAUUCGCAAGGAGGAGUGUGUCCAUCAUUGGGGACGGCUGCGCAAACAGAGAGUGCCGGGCGGAUGGGAAACUCACUACAGCUGCUGCUCGGGAGCUGUGGGCUCACCGGGCUGCCAGGUCGCUAAACAACACGUCCACGACGGGCGGAAGGAGAGCCUGGACGGCUUCGUGAAGACAUUUGAGAAGCUGCCUACGACCGAUGGCUACCCUGGAAUCUACGCGCUGGACUGCGAAAUGUGCUACACUAAGCAAGGACUGGAGCUGACAAGAGUGACUGUGAUCAACUCAGACCUGAAAGUGGUUUACGACACCUUUGUCAAACCCGACACCAAGGUGGUGGACUACAACACCAGGUUCUCAGGUGUGACAGAAGAGGACCUGGAGAACACAAGCAUCACCCUGCGGGACGUCCAGGCCGUCCUACUGAACAUGUUCAGUGCAGACACCAUAUUGAUAGGGCACAGCUUGGAAAGCGACUUAUUUGCACUAAAGCUUAUCCAUGGCACAGUGGUGGAUACCGCCAUCGUCUUUCCUCACCGGCUGGGUUUGCCGUACAAACGGGCUCUCCGGACGCUGAUGGCAGACUACCUCAAGCGCAUCAUCCAGGACAACGUGGAAGGACACGACUCCAGCGAGGACGCCCGAGCUUGCAUGGAGCUGAUGGUCUGGAAGAUCAAAGAAGACGCUAAAGUGAAACGAUGACUCGCGCUUUCUCUCUCUCCUGUUCCUCCUCCACCUCUUUGAAGCAGUGCAAUAAAUGCUCAGAGUAACACUGUCCACCCGUACGCAGCCGCAUGCCACGCCAGCCUCCCCGCGCACCUCAGGUACCUACGGGACGCCAGGACCGCUGCCGGCGCAGCCAGCGGCACCGGCUCUGCCGUGUCCAGGUAGCGGCUCUCGGAUCCUCUUCACUCCACCCGAGGGAUGUUCUGUGGUACGGUUGCCUCGUAGGCGCAUGGCAAGGUGGUUUUGAGUAGCAUGGCCAGAGAGAACGUCUUGGUUCCUAGGAAAAGCUUUUAGAGAUACGUACAGAGAGAUCUUUCUGGUUCAGUUAAAGGUAGAUCGUUUUCUUUUUAUUUUUUCCAAAUGUUACUUAAAUUGCCUCUGUCCUCCAAAGCUGGUGGGUUCCUGCGGUGUUUGGAGAUGGGGGAAAAUGGAAGAAAGUUGGGCAAGAAGCUGUAAAGUGAAGGGAUUGCAUGGCUGAUGUGCGAGGGGUGGCGAGAGCUGAGGACCUGAGGACAUGCUGGAGCGGAGCAGGACGCUGGAGCUGCGAGGAGCGAGAUGGGGCCAGGGGAGUUCCCGCCUGCUGCCGCCCAGGUGAUCUGUCCAGCGGGGGCCGGUGUCCCCGUGGCGCCAUCGCUGCGAAGGGGGAAACACGAGGGUCAGACCUUGCUCAGACCUCAGGGCGUCAUAGUGUGACAAGGGACAGCAGGACUGGGACAGACUGGGCUCCCUGGGCCGAGCAGCAGCUUUCCAGUGGUACGAGCGGCGUCGUGUCUGCGGGCUGGAACAAGCCGUCCUGACCCUGGGCUUCCAUCGCGGCUCCAGCGAGUUCAUUUGUAGGGAUCAGGGUUUUGGGGGGCGCCUCGGGGUGGCCCCUGCCAGUCCACAGGACUGUCCCGGUCUGUCCCUGGAGCGGGCGCUCGGUGCAGGCCAGAGCAAAAGCAAUAGUUGAAAGUUGUUCUUCUGAACUAGUUUACAUGUUGGGUGUUUUAAGAAAAAGAGCAAAAGCCCCAGUUUCCGCCCCCCGGACAAGAGCAGCUGUUGGGGGCAUCUCUGUCGCAUUUCGGUGACUGGGGCAGACUGGCUGGUUGUGCGGUCUCUCUGCCCCGGCCCUGUUGCUGUUGGGGACGACAGAGCUGGUUGAACGGUGCCUGAUGGGUGAGGUCUCGCAGCAGCAGCCCAGCCCCAUUACAGCCGGUGGUUUGAGCAGCGAUCGCCGCGUCCUCCCCAGCGGGAGCGGUGUCACUGCCCAGCCCCGGUGUCCUCGGAGGUGACCAUGUGGCUUCCUGACCCCUGCCAGCCCCUCCUGAAGCCACCAGGAGCAGUGGGGACAUAAAAGCUCUUGUUUUUGCUGAGCCCUGCUGUGUUUCCUCUGGUGGGUGGUGCCACAGGCUCCCAGCCUCUUUGUUACCCAGAUUUUGGGCUGUGAGCCUUCCCCGCUGCUCACAGGGCACGUCCAGGGCACGUCCGUCCCACUCUCCUCGCAGCCUCCCUCCCGUCUCCAGGACACCUUGUCCAUCCCCUCUGCCAUCGCUGCUCUUGGGCCGGGCAGAGCCGCAGCCUGUUCAGUGCUUCCUGCCCAGGGAGAGAGGUUUAUUCCCGCUCCUGCCUCUCCCUUGUCUGUCUCCCAUUUAUCGUCACCCCGGCUGCAGCAGCAGAGCGAACACGGAGCGUUCCACCCGUUCCCCGUGCAGCCUGUGAGGUUUUGGAUCCAGCUCUUGCUUCGGGGUCCCACGGUUACCCGACGGGCGGUCCCGGCACCCGCGGCAGCCGCCGGCACGUUUCCAGCGCGGCCCCGCGGUGCCGCUGUCCUGCCGGGAGCUGGGUGCUCGGCCCCGUCCGCCGCCCGCGUGGGGAGGGCAGGACGUGUCAGCGGGUCCUGCCAGGCCAGGGCACCGCGGGCACUCCCCGUCUGUUCCCACGGUUCAGCUGAGACCCCCUGAAAUGAGGCUGGUGGGGUGGGGGCUGCGGGACCACGUUCCCCCGCGUGGGGCAGAGCGAGCGUCAGACCCCGGCACUGUAACACUGUAAAACCAGAGGUUUGGGUUGGUAAGAGGUUUUUGGGUUGUACGUAAUUAUUGUAACCUGUAACCUUUUUGUAAUUGUUUUUAAUAAAAGGGUGUUGAGUAGA